GUUAACGCAAAGAGUAUUGUUGCCACGUAAUUAUGGUAAUAGAAUCGUUUAGGUGUUCUUUAUAGUGGUCCUCCGAGACUAGGUUGUUUUUAAUGUUCACGAGUCGAUUAUACGAGGUAACUUGAACUAUCCCGCUGUUAAAAAUGGGGUCCUCCCACAGUGUUGAAAUUCCUGGAGGAGGGACUGAAGGCUAUCACGUACUGCGUAGUAUAAAAUAACCUCCCUUGGUGUAACAGAUUCAAGACGGUUCUCCGGGACAGAAGGCUGGCCUCGAGACGUUCUUUGACUUCAUCGUGGCAAUUGGCAACACUCGUUUGGAUCAAGAUAACGAUACUUUGAAAGAACUGUUGAGAGCCGGAGUGAAUAAAGAACUACCUAUGACUGUUUACAGUAGCAAAACUCAAUCUGUCAGACAAACAUCCAUUGUUCCAAGUGUGACUUGGGGUGGACAAGGGUUGCUCGGCGUCAGUAUUAGAUUUUGUUCGUUCGAAGGUGCUAACGAGAAUGUCUGGCAUGUUCUUGAAGUUCAUCCUUCAUCGCCUGCUGAAUUAGCUGGAUUACAACCUUUUACGGAUUACAUUAUCGGAGCUGAUUCUAUUUUGCAUGAGAGCGAAGACUUGUUCACGUUAAUCGAAGCACACGAGUCUCGCCCAUUGAAACUGUAUGUAUAUAACAUCAAUGAAGAUUCGUGUCGGGAAGUAACUAUUAUACCUAAUAACACGUGGGGAGGUGAAGGAAGCCUGGGAUGUGGCAUUGGGUAUGGUUACCUCCAUCGAAUACCUAUCAGAAACGUACCUGAAAGCAAAAAAAGUAAUCCCUCUCUUUGGAACGUGAAACCGUUGGCACCUCCCGAGUCAUCGGUAAACGUAUCGAUUGCAGCUAGCACAGGAAGUUGCGUAAUUUCCAAUAUACCACCAGGCUUUACCAUUCCAUCAAAUUACAUUACUACAUCAGCCGAUGGGUCUAAAAGUAAAGAGACUUCUGUGAUAGUACAGCCAGUACUGAGUCCUUUGCCAUCAGCUACGUCUCAACCAGACCCCAUAAUUGCUGGUGCUUCGACGACAACUCAUUCGAUGGAGCAUCUAUUCUCUAGCCAAGUGAAAGUUAAUUUUCCUCACGGUUCGGAGCAACCCACUGGAUAUCAAAACGACCCCCAUAUUCCUGGAAUGCCGAUAAGUCCACCUUUGUCAGCGUUUCCAAUGAACGUCAGUACAUCCAGCAGUAUAUUCCCUGUACCCACUGUGACGGUUCCGAUGCAAGGAUACAAUUCUAUGCCAAACUCAAACAUUGUUGGUACAUUGGACAACGUGCCACAAUCACACGUCGUCACAACUCCAAUUUCAUUGCCAGGAAUGCCACCGAUCACAGUGAGCGCUGCUUUGCCACAGAAUACUUCUUUCCCACCGAUCCUCCAGCAGAAUCAGCUGCUAGGUCCUACUACCAUCUCUUCACCUACUUCGACAUCGGUCCAAUAACUGAGCUUUUUAGUUCGAUUCUUUUCACGGUCCAAUCACGUCCAUGCAUCACCGAUACACAUCAAACAUUGUGAUCGUUGAUAUCAAGCUAAUGGUUAUUUAACCCAAAAAAUGACGUACUUCCGUUUGGCCGCCCUGAGUAUACCGAUUGCAAAGCUACGGUUCUUGUAAUGAAGUAGUAUGAUGAGAUAUGACGUCAAUGUUCAGUUCCACAGAAAGUGAUCCCAGAAUCUCAGGUUUUCACCGAUCUAACGACGUAAGCGCUACUUGUGGAAAACGAGGAAGCUUCAAUCCAACAUGACUAAAACAUUUCCUACCGACGUAAAUUACCUAAAAUGCUUUUAAUUUUGCUAUUGAGGUACGCAGAGCGAAAGGUUAAUCCGCUCUUGAUAUACAAAAUGUGACGUUUUUAACGCGAUAAGGACUAGAGAAACCGCUAACAGACGAUAACCUUUAAUUGCAAGGUUUCCUCUAGGAGGCGCUCUCGGCACUAGAUUUGGAAAAAUUUGAAGAUCUUGGACUCCUAAAGUGGAGACGAUUUUAAUACAUGACGUUGUUUUUCCUUAUAUUACUUCGUGGUUCUCGUUUUACAAAGAGUCUGACUCGUAACUUCAGGUACUUCAGUUUCACUUCGGAGCAUGAAGUGUCAACGCGUGAUGAUCUUAAUCCAUUCUAAUACUGUAUAGGAAAGUAAGUACCACGUAUUGGGAUCAGAGAUGAACUUUCGAUUGAUCAAAUGCUACGCUAGUAUUUACUUGUAAUAUAUUAUUGUCAUACGAAUGUAUCAUUGCCUAAAGUAUUUAAAACGUGAUUUCGAGACUACUCCAAGGAGAAUCUUAUCGACAAAACAAACCGGAGACUUACAGGCGAAGAUCUUUCUGAACCAUCGUCUGGACACUGAAUAAGAAUCGAACGUGACACCCUUUUAAGUUCUCAAACAUCGUCUGCGUUGCUGAUAAUGUGAUCAAGACGUUUGUUCGACAAUUAAAUGGUUUCUAAGGAAAUUAGUUUAAUAUUCUAGGUUCCACAAACGCCGCCCGUGGAAGAGAUUAAUUUAUCGACGUGUAAAAAUGAAAUGUACAUGAAAAAAUCUUGGAAGAUAAAGUGCUUUAUAAUAUUA